AAACACAGACAAGAAGUACAGCAACUUGUUAAGUGAGCUUUCAUAUUUAUUAUGCAAAAUAAGGAAAUGACCGUCAAGCAUUGUUACAUGAUACACAUAUUUCAGGUUUACGUGGGCCGAGCAUGAGGACAUACAAAUGCAUUUGUGUUUGCAAAGAAGUCAUCCACAGUCACAAAGAACUGUUCUUGAUGUUUGUUUGUAUUUCAGCCCCCCAGUGAGAGGUUAUUUAGUAGAUUAGAGGAAGAGGCGGAGCUUAGAUUUCAAUCUAACGCAGACAGGAUGUGGGCAUCUCAUUUCCUCUUCUCAGCGAGGACGAGCGGAGGAGAACUCGGCGACGCUCACUUUGUGCUCAUGUCUGUUAAACUUCUGGCGGACGUAUUGAUCUCAGGGGUCACUCCUCGUGUGCGGGGUGGAAGUGUUAAUGGAUAACUGGAGGAGACACUUCAAACGCAUCUUCAUCUGCAUCUGCAUGGGAGCAGUGACAUGUUUCCUCAUAUAUUUCUACCUUGAUGGGAGGUUGGGCAGGACAGUAUCAACACAGCCAUUGGCAGCAGGAGGAGCAGGAGGAGCAGGAGCAGAACCACAAUGGGAGGAUCCCGGGCCGUACCACGUGGCCUAUCCACGAAACUACAAAUUCAUCAUGGACGACACGCCGACCUGUAAGGACACGACUCCUUUCCUGGUCCUGAUUGUUCCGGUUGCGCCCAAUAAUGUGGCGGCUCGGGACGCCAUCCGGAAGACGUGGGGUGGUGAGAAACUGGUUCUGGAUCGGCAGGUGGAGACUCUCUUCAUGCUGGGCCUGCCUGGAGGAGCCGAUGCGGAGCAGCAGCAGGAGAAGCUCCGACAGGAGAACCUGCAGCACCACGACCUGAUCCAGAGCAACUUCCAGGACAGCUACCGCAAUCUGACCAUCAAGACUAUGAUGAUGCUGGAGUGGGUAAACGCGCACUGCGUCAACGCGUCCUACGUCAUGAAGAUCGACUCAGACAUAAUACUCCAUGUCCAGAAUUUGGUUAAACUGCUGCUUGAUCCCAGCACAGCCAAACAAAACUACAUGACCGGUCUGGUGUGGUGGCACAGCCCGGUUUUACGAAACCCAUUCAACAAGUUCUACAUGCCGAGAGAUGUGAUUGCUGAGCCGGAGUACCCUCCGUAUCCUCUGGGCAUGUGUUACAUCAUGUCCUUGGACCUGCCCGGGAAGAUCCUGGGAGUCUCUCCGCAGAUUAAGCCUCUGUACAUUGAAGACGUCUACCUGGGUUUGUGCCUGAAACGCCUGGGCAUCUCCCCCACCGACCCUCCCGCGGACACCAUGUUCAUCGUCGACCCCCAGCAUCCUCUGAGCGGCUGCAGCCUCUCAAAGGUGAUCGCCGCGACGACCACGAGCAUCGAGCAGAUGAUGAGUUACUGGCAGAGGAGCAAAGAGCCCGAGGCUAAAUGCUGAACUUCAUCAGGCUUAUUAGACUAUAUUACCACCUGAUGGUGGUAGAAGAAGUUACACUAUGGAACUACUAAUAUUUAAGGUAAAUUAAAAUGGAUCACAAACAGUAUGUACAUUUUACAGGUGUUACAGUUGUGGGGAUUUGAACCCCAAACCAUCUUUUCUGUGAAAUACGCCUUUCAGCCAGCCGAGCUUUUAGGCCGUCCUGAGCUGCAUCAGCUCUCGCAGAGAUUUUAAUAUCUGAUGGAGUGUAAAUGACAGCAGACUGAUUCUCUACAUCAUCACAUAAUAAACAUUUGGAAACGCAUAACUUUACCUCUCAGGUUAUUCCACUUGGUUUAUAUCAUUGCAGAGACAUGCAGAUGAUUUCUGUAUUUCUCAGAUUAGCAGCUGCCAACAUGGAACAAAGCACGAGUAUAUUCAUUAAUUUACUGUAUAACGGAGGCGUGAAAAUCGAUAGAAAUUCGGGCCAGCCGGACAGGAUCAUCUUUGUUUUCCAUGGAGAUUUGGUGACAGAUUUGGUGGCAGGUGGCAGACGACAUAUCAGGGUGUAACUGAGGUUUAUAGGAACUAAUCUGAACGUGCUUCAUAAGCACAUUCUUACUUAAAGCAAAUCUGUGGCAGCUUUUUCUUUCUUAAUUAAUUUAACUCUAUCUUACUCUUGUCUGCAGGUGAUGAUUGUUAUCUGUGUCACACUGUGAUGGUGUAUUUAUGUAUUUUGCUCUCACGUCUCUGUUCAAGGAGAUCUUUUUGAUUUAAAUGAAGAUUUUAAAUGAAGUUCAACUAAACGUGGUGGUGGUGUCGCCUAACUCAAUUUUAUAUAUAU